AGUACGACUGGACGCCCUUCUUCUCAAUACAAGCUGUAGGCAAAUAAAGUGAACGGUAUCAGUUUGGAAGCAGCGUGGCUGUAGGAGCACAGAUGAGGUCAAGUCCUACGAUGGAUUGCAACAUAUGCUUCGAGCCGUUCGACCAGGGUGGCCACCUGCCCAAAGCGAUGCCGUGCGGACACACGGUGUGUCUGGCAUGUCUGCAACGACUGCAAAACCGGAAGUGCCCGACGUGCCAACAGGCGUUCCAGGUCCCGCUGUCACAAAUCCCCAACAACUACACUGUGCUGCAAUUCCUCCAGGCCAGACCGGACAGGACCGACAAGUCACCAGGGUGGUGCUCGAGGUGCAGCGCCGUCGCUACGCCCCAGUGCCGGGGCCAGCAGCACGUGGUCCUGGGCGUGAGAGAGGCUCUGGAGCAACUCCUGCAGGGCGCCCUGCCGCAGGCUUCAGGCCAGCUGGAACGUCUGAAGAACCAGUGCCAGGAGGAUGAGGCCGUGCGAGCCCUCGCCCUGCUGUCCGGCGAGGCCUGGGAAGUGACGCUGCGGGGCCAGGGGCCACCGCUCUCGGGGACGCUGCGGGACACCAAGGACCCCCUGAUCAAAGCCGUUUUGUUCGUCCUGGCGACGAAGGGAGAACUGAAAGCGGCUGCUACACUGCCGGUAUUGUAA